UUACUGUGUGAUGCAAUUCACAUGGUUCCUGCACCAAUGGUGAAAGAUGGGAUUUAUGAGUGCAAAUGAAGGUCUUUUUGUGAAAUAAAACAUUUAAGGAGCUCUGCCUUCUCUUUUUGUGGUGCAAAACACAUUUGGCGAUGGUUAUGCAAUUUAAAGCAGUCAAACAAAGGGGUUUGUAGUAAGAAGAUGAAAAGAUAAAACUCUUUUCAGUGUGUGGUGACUAACGGGUAGAUUUUAUCAGCAAUAAUAAAGGGGUUUCCAGCUUACUCACCACUUUACAUCUUUACAAACAGUUUCACAUCCUCACACAGCUGCCUCAUUACAAAGACCGCCCUGCUUAUUUCGUUUGCUUCACUGCAACAGCACUUCUUGUCUGUAAGGCAGAGGUGGGAGAAGAGAAUCGAGAACCCGUCACUGGUGGGCAUUUGUUCUCCAUGCUGGCAUUUAAUAAGCCCCAAAAGAUUUCUGCCUCAAAGUCAUUCCAAAGUCAAAUUAAGGCUGAGCUCAGUGAGCAUGUUUAUCUUUAAGUCUCGCUGCAUCGCGGCUGUAACCUCGGGGGUGGACAAGUGAAUGAGUAUAGCAGCAGAUGUUUUCUGUGUACUCCUCUCAGUCUAAACGUUACAAUGCGCACACCAUUUCCAGGUGACAUGAAUGAAUAAUGAAGAGAUCACAGUAUAGUGCUUACAAUCAGUCUGUGAAUUGUGGCUUCCAGUAAGAAUUGGCACAUUUUCAGUGAUUUACUUUUGAGCACUUCUCACUCCUGCACAAAUGAACAGGCUGUCAUUUCACGCAAACAGCUUCUCUGUAAGUGAGUUAAGUUCAAACUGAUCGCUAGAAAUGAGUUUACAACGGAUUACGUCUUAGAAACGUCUAUUUGUCAUAGAACAAAAUAUAAAUGUACAAGAGGACAUGUUGUGAAUCUGGAGAAAUAGAUUGACGCAUGUUAAUAGGCAUUUUUGAAAUGUUAGGGAACAAUCACCCAAUGUGAAGAAAGUCGUGGUUCUUUAAAUGUUUCAUCACCCUUUUGAAGCAAGAAAACAUACCGAACAACGCAAGCUGAAACUGAAAUUGGGUGGUCAUCAAACUGAGAGCAUGCUGUUAAUCUCUUUUCAUUUAAAGCUGAUGUUUAAACCACAGUGGGACAGUGGGAGCUCACAUAGACAACUAAUAUCCCUCUACAAAAGUACAGUAACCAUUGAAUCACUGUGUCCUCUGUAUUUUUCUGUGUCUCUGCAGAUCAGAGUGGACGGUCCUCUGGUGGGAGGAGUGCUGUACGAGACAGUGACCGUGAUGAAGGAUAGCAGCCCCAUCCUCCGGGAUAUGGCCUUCUCCCUGGACAGGAACUUUCUCUACGUCAUGUCUGACAAUCAGGUGGCUCAGGUCCCCGUGGAGGCCUGUGAGCAGUACGGCACAUGUGCUGAGUGUCUGAGCUCUGGUGACCCCCACUGCGGCUGGUGUGUCCUGUUCAACAUGUGCUCGAGGAGGGAUCGGUGUCUGAGGGCGGAUGAGGCCUUCCGUUUCGCCACCGACAUUGACCGCUGUGUGAAGGUCAUCGCUCACCCGGACAGCAUUGCUGUAUCAGCACAUAGUGUCCCUCUUCUGCUGGAGGUGAAUAAUGUUCCAGACCUUUCUGCUGGAAUCACCUGUUCAUUUGGCCGGCAGGCCCAGGUGGACGGUCACGUCAACGGGAACAGGGUCAUGUGUCUGUCGCCGGCCGGGAAGGAGGUCCCUCAAAUACCAGAAGGACAAGACUGGGCUGGCGUAGAGCUUCGUCUGAACUCAAAGGAGACAGGUCAGAUGGUCGCCAGCACAGAGGUGAAGUUCUACAACUGCAGCACCCAUCAGACGUGUCUGUCCUGUGUAAACAGCACUUUUCGCUGCCACUGGUGUAAAUACCGCAACCUGUGCACCCACGACCCCAGCAGCUGUUCUUUCCAGGAGGGCAGAGUCAACGCCUCAGAGGACUGCCCUCAGCUCCUUCACUCUGGGGAAAUCCUCCUGCCGGCCGGUGAGGUCCGACCCAUCACGCUGAGGGCCCGAAACCUCCCGCAGCCGCAGUCGGGCCAGCGGGGCUACGAGUGCGUGGUGCACGUGCAGGGUGUCAUCCACCGUGUCACGGCGCUGCGCUUCAACAGCACCAGCGUGCAGUGCCAGAACAGCUCGUACUUGUACGAGGGUGUGAAGAUCAGUGACCUGGCAGUGGACCUUUCCAUCGUAUGGAACGGCAAUUUCAUCAUCGACAAUCCCGAGAAGAUUAAAGUGCACCUCUACAAGUGCAGCGCCCAGCGGGACAGCUGUGGCAUGUGUCUGCGGGCGGAGAGGAAGUUCCAGUGUGGAUGGUGCAGCGGUGAGGGCCGAUGCACCAUGAGGCAGCACUGUCCUCCCAUCUCACCCUAUGCGAGCCGUUGGCUGGACCGUUCCGCCAAGAAUGUCAAGUGCACCAACCCACGCAUCACUGAGGUGAGUCCAGUGGCGGGACCUCUGGAGGGGGGCACACUGGUCACCAUCCAGGGCCUGAACCUGGGUCUGUCCUUCUCUGAGCUGGAGGGCAACGUGGAGGUGGCGGGUGUGCAGUGCAUCCCACAGGAGGAAGGAUACAUCACUGCAGAACAGAUUGUGUGCGAGAUGGCUGCAGCUCCUAAAAGAAGUGCUCCAGGUCCCGUUAAGCUGUGUGUUGGCGAAUGCAGACCAGAACUACGAGCGCAGUCCUCCCAGCUCUACUCCUUUGUGACCCCUUCGAUGCUGGCACUGACCCCAGGCAGAGGGCCUGAAUCUGGGGGCACCAAGGUCACCAUUGUCGGGGAGAACCUGGGCGCUGGCAGCACUGUUAACGUGUACUUUGGCAAUCAGACCUGUGAGCUGUACAGGCGCACCGUGUCCGAGAUCGUGUGCUUCUCUGCGCCGUCCGUGACGAGAGCCGGACCGGUGCAGGUCAGUUUGAGCGUCGACCGGGCCAAAGUUCCCGGGAGUCUGGCCUUUGAGUACAUAGAAGACCCCACAGUCCAGCGUAUUGAACCCCUGUGGAGCAUCACCAGCGGACACACCACACUGACGGUGACCGGGACCAACCUGGAUGUGGUUCAGGAGCCGCGCGUCAGAGUCAAAUACGCCGGCCAUGAAUCCGUCAAUGUGUGCAAAGUGCUCAACACCACCACCAUCAGCUGCUUCGCCCCGUCUCUGAAGGCCGACUACACCGCCGACCAGGAGACGAUCAAACACGCGGACGAGUUCGGCUUCGUCUUCAACAACGUUCAAGCUCUGCUCACUUACAACAACACCAUCUUCGUCUACUACCCCAACCCGUACCUGGAGCCCCUCAGUCUAUCCGGUGUUCUGGAGCAGAAACCCGGAGCUCCAAUCAUACUCAAAGUACGUCAGACGAUGGGUUCUUUCUCCUUUUUUGAUUUCCCUGCAAUGGACAGAGAGGAAAUUCUGACAGUGACAUGUUUUCACAUAUAGUCCUUUUUAAACAAACCAAACUCAAACAGCAAAAAGUAGACCAACAUUAAAGUGACUCAGUCCUUUUUUGUGUUCGCAUUGUCAAUUGGACUCAGUUCUCUUUCCGGCCCACUUCAGCUCUGAUGGGGCCUCAGUCCUAUAUCUGUUCACACCUUAUCUACCGUCAUUCUUAUCUUCCCCCUUUAAUGACCUUUUUAGGGUAGGCACGGGCGCAUUCUAUAUACUCCUCGUCCACUUGUUGUGCUAGCUGUACGAGCGGCCAUGAUUCCGCCAAUUUGUUUAUU